AUGGUGAACUAUGGAAGCAAGAUUGAAUAUUUGACGAUCCAAGUGUUUGGUGGUAAUCAAGACCGAGACAGCAUUGUGUACCACAAAUUGGUAAGGCAAAUUAUGGCACGUUACAUCCGAUUCAUUCCCGUAGAAUGGCGAAAUCACAUCUCUAUGAGAGUGGAAAUCUAUGGCUGCGCAGGAUGCUUUGAACCGCUUGGUAUGGAGGAUGGAACGAUCACUGAUGUCCAGGUCAGUUCUUCUUCGCGACUGGAUGACAACCAUUCACCAAGUCAGGCCAGGUUGAAUUUUAAAGAAGAGGAAAAUAAGGCUGGGGGAGGCUGGUCAGCUCAGACAAACGACGAAAACCAAUGGCUGCAGGUCGAUCUUGGGAGUUAUACUAGAGUGACGCGUGUGGCGACUCAAGGAUUGAAUGCCAAAGACGAAUGGGUGACCAGAUACAAGUUACAAUUUAGUGACGAUGGAAAAAACUUCCAGAAUUACAAGCAACAGGGUGACAACGAAUGGACGGAGCUGAAUGGGAAUAAAGGAAGUGAUACCAUUGUGUAUAACAAUCUGAAUCCUCCAACCACAGCAAGGUUUAUACGGUUUAUACCAAUCAGUUGGCACAAUAAGAUCUCCAUGAGAACAGAGUUCUUUGGUUGUCCAGCAUGUAUGACUGCCCUUGGAAUGGAAAGUCAGACAAUCGAAGAUGCUCAGAUAAGUGCUUCCUCGCACCUGGAUGGAAACCAUUCUGCAAUACAAAGUAGACUUCACCUUACGAGAAAUGUUCAAAAGCAAGGUGGCUGGACGGCUCUCACAGAUGAUCGUAGUCAGUGGCUACAAGUGGAUCUUAAUACUUUUGCGAGGGUAACGGUAAUAGCGACCCAGGGAAGAAACGGAUUCAAAGAAUGGGUCACCAAAUACAAAUUACAAUAUAGCGAUGAUGGUGUGACCUUCACUUUCUACAAGGAAUCAGACAGCAGCUCAGAAAAGGUGUUUGAUGGAAACCGAGAUUCAGAUACUGUCGUAUACAACAGACUAACUUCGCCAAUAACAGCUCGGUACAUACGGCUGAUACCAAUGACGUGGAAUAACCACAUCUCAAUGAGGAUGGAGUUAUACGGCUGUCCAGGCUGUACGUCCCCGUAUGGCAUGGAAAAUCGCAAAAUUUCGGAUUCUCAAAUCAAGUCGUCAACGCAGCUGGAUGAAAAUCACUCUGCAAAGCAUUCCAGGUUACAUUCAAAGGCAAAUAGAGAAAACGGAGGAAGCUGGUCAGCGCUUAAAAAUGACGUAGACCAAUGGCUUCAGGUGGAUCUUGGUAGUUACAUACGGGUGACAGGCAUUGCUACGCAGGGGAGGAAUGGGCAUGACGAGUGGGUGACUAAGUUCAGACUGCAAUAUGGUGAAAAUGAGGACAUCUUUCAUUUCUUUGAGGAUCCAGGACAUUUUGCUGCGCAGGUUUUCAAUGGAAAUACGGACAGUGACACUGUCGUGUACAACACACUGACUCCACCAAUUAUAACGCGUUACAUUCGAUUCAAACCCGCUGAGUGGCACAAUCGAAUAUCAAUGAGAACUGAGAUCUAUGGCUGUCCAGGUUGCAUAAAUCCUCUCGGAAUGGCAUUUGGAUCGAUAUCUGAUACUCAGAUAAUUGCAUCAUCACAACUGGAUGGUAAUCACUCUGCAUCACAGGCCAGGUUACAUUUCCAAGCGGAUGGUUACAAAGUUGGGGGUUGGUCAGCUCUCACAAAUGAUCGUGACCAAUGGCUUCAAGUGGAUUUUGGUAGUUACACAAAAGUGACGCGUUUGGCGACUCAGGGGAUGAAUGGCUACGAUCAGUGGGUGACCAGAUAUAUGUUACAAUAUAGUGAUGAUGGAAUAACCUUCCACCUCUACAAAGAAGCUACAUCCAGCUCUGCAAAGGAGUUCGAUGGGAAUCAAGACCAAAAUACUGUUGUUUAUAACAUAUUGAGCCCACCAAUAACCACUCGUUACAUUCGACUGAAACCGCUAGCCUGGAACGACCGGAUAUCGAUGAGAAUGGAGAUCUACGGAUGCCCAGGUUGUGCAGCACCACUUGGCAUGGAUAGCGGGGCAAUCACCGAUGCACAGAUAAGUGCUUCUUCACAGUGGGAUGGCAAUCAUGGGGCCAGGCAAGGAAGGUUACAUUAUAAGAAACUUCCGGGAACCUCCGGAAGUUGGUCAUCGCGUGCAAAUGAUUUAAACCAGUGGUUUCAAGUGGAUCUUGGUCAAUACACGACAGUGACUGGUAUAGCGACCCAAGGCAGACAACGCUAUGACGAAUAUGUGACAGCAUAUAAGUUGCAGUAUAGUGACGAUGGAGUAACUUUUCAGUUUUAUAAGGAGAAGCCACUCGAAACUGAAAAGGUCUUUCGUGGAAAUAGUGACAGAGAGACCGUCGUUUAUCACGAAAUACGCGAACCAAUCAGAGCACGCUACAUACGAAUUAGACCGGUGAGUUGGUACCGACACAUAUCCAUGAGGGUUGAGAUUUAUGGCUGUCCAGGCUGUGUAUCCCCCCUCGGCAUGGAAAGUAAAUUCAUCUCUGAUGCGCAAAUAUCUGCCUCCUCACAACUGAAUGAUGAUCGUGCUCCAGCACAUGCCAGGUUGCACAGUCAAACAGUCACUGAUAGUAAAAAUGGGGGGUGGUCUGCUCGCAAGAACGACCUUUAUCAAUGGUUUCAAGUGGACCUUGGAAGUAAAGUAAUUGUGACGCGUGUAGCAACACAGGGGAUAGAUGGACUCGACGAGUGGGUGACAAAAUACAGAAUACAAUUUAGCUAUUCUGGAAUAAAUUUCCAAUUUUACAAGAAAGCAGAACACAGUUCUGCAGAGGUUUUCGAUGGAAAUGACGACAGUUCCACAGUUGUAGUCAAAAGACUGAGCGAGCCAAUCAGAACACGUUUCGUCCGAUUAUUGCCGCUAGAGUGGCAUAAACACAUAUCAAUGAGAAUUGAGAUUUACGGAUGCCCAGACUGCAUCGCACCUCUUGGUAUGGAAAGCGGAAAUAUCGCUGACUCAAAGAUAACUACAUCCUCGAUUUUGGAUUCAAACACAGGAUGUGCUGCAGCACUUGGUAUGGAGAAUAAAGAAAUACCUGUUGCCAACAUAAGGGUAUCCUCCCAAAUGGAUGAGGAUCAUGGUGCAAAGGAAGCAAGGUUAAAUUCGAAAGCAGACGGGAACAUGGGAGGGGGAUGGUCUGCCAUGAGCAAUAACUUCAAUCAGUGGCUUCAAGUGGAUAUCGGUGAUAACUCUCGAUUGACAGGUGUUGCGACUCAGGGGAUGAAUGGGAACAACCAGUGGGUGUCCAGAUACCUCAUACAGUAUAGCAGUGACGGAGUGACUUUUGAAUUUUAUAAUGCAACAGAAGACAGUUCUGCAAAGGUAUUUUAUGGAAAUCAGGACAGUGACACAGUUGUAAAAAACAUACUCAGUCCACUAAUAACAGCACGUUACAUUCGCCUGAUGCCUGUUGAGUGGCAUAAUCAUAUAUCGAUGAGGGUGGAAAUCUACGGCUGCUCAGUGUUUGCUGGUUCGCCAACUGUACCACCAUCAGAAAUGACGACAGAAGCUAACACAGACAAAGAAGGGGGAAUACUCGGAGCGCAACAAGGAAACAAGAAAAAAGAAGGCGUCAAGGUACUUGCUGUGGUGUUACCCUUGGUAAUCAUUUUAAUCGCCGUCGUAGCAUUGGGAGUAUUCUUUUACUGGAAAAGGAGAGGUCAAAAGAAUGUGGACAUCAACGCAGUUGCAUUUCAGACGUGAGUACAAAUCGCAUUUAGUUUUUUUUGUUGUUGUUGCUCCCUUGUUUGUAAAGACAAACGUCUAGACCAAAUACAUUUUGGUGCACUGACUCACCGACUAUUAAUUCAAUUGCUGUAUUCCAGAUCUUUUUAGGACUUUGGUCUUCACAAAAAUGUAUUGAUCAAGUCAUCUUAUGAUACCCAGAUCUCUAACUGUAUAUUGUUUAAUAUGCAAGUACUGGUUUUUUCGGUAAUCAUUUUUUACUCCUCAAACGAAUACUGGUGCUGAUUGAUUUGGUAUUCUGUCAGUUGUAAACCUGCUUUUUUAAGAGUCGUCAUCUCGGUUAUUCACGUACGCUAUCCACACUUUUUUUCUGCCUUACAGGGGGAACGAUGAAUUAAACUAUGCAGUGAACAAAAUAUACGAUGAUCGUAAAUCAUCCGGUUACCAACUCCUCAGCGAAGAAAACUUAAGUUGAUGAGAAUAGGUAAUUUUACUCGUAACAAUAGUGCGCUUUUCGAUCGAGAGUCGUAAAACAAAAAGCGAACUAAGUAAUACAAUAGCCAAUCAGAACAAAGGAAAAUAUCACAGGCAACCCAGGACAACUCAAAGCAAACAAACAGCGAACUGCCCGAGACGUGAGAAUGUGGUAUAUUAGGAAAGCGGCGCAACCGAAGCAAACCCAGUUACUUCCGACACUCACCUGGAAAUUUUCCAGUUUAUGACACGGAAGACUUAGAAGUCCCGGGACCGCAUUUAUGGAAAUAUAUCAAAGCUUUAAUCAUUAAACAGUGUCAUAUUUUUCUUUCUGAUAGGGAUGCGCUGGUGCCUGACUGAAACUGAAAAACUUCAGCAGCAAGGAUAUGUUUUAGCUUAUUAGUGUUUUAAGAGAUUUUUAACAACAAAAACAAAAAAAAUCCUCUGAGGAUUUUAAUCAUUUUCCCAAAUAAUAGUGGUAGUAAAAAACGCCAAGCGAAAGUAACAGGUACCGUUUUUCUUAUUAGUUAGAGGAGAAUGAGUUAGGUAGCCAGUUUUUGAAAGUGCAAAUAUCUCUGAAAAGAUGGUCAAUUUUAGUUUGUUUGCUGUCUAAACGAUGUAAGUGUAUGACAAUGGAUGAUUACUGGCUCAUAGAGCGUUAUCACAUCAACCAAUCAGAAGAUUAGAAAAUACCUUUAAAAACCAAAGAGAACUCAAAGUAAAACCACGCAAACUGCCCAAAGCGCGGGAGAACACGGGUGACCAAGUCGUGAUUGGCUUUAGUUUUGUAUCUGAUUGGUUGAGAGAGUAUAUGGCGCGAGUUCUUUGGACUAAUCAUAGAGCGGAGUGAGGGAAAUCCAAAGCAAUCCCUGAUUACUUUCGACACCCCAUUAAAAACCGCUCUGCUUUAAAAAGCACACAAAAAUUCGUUGUUCAACUAAAAAAAUAUGGCUCGCAAGCAUUCAAUAAACCCACAUUUUAGAUUACUGGAUGAAUAUCAACAAAUGUUUAUCUUGAUUAAGUUUUUUUGCCCUAAUAUGGAUAUGAUUUAUGGAAAAUACCUUUAGCGUAGUUCUGAACGGUUUCAGAGAGUGUAUUCAUAGCCGUAAAUACAGUCAAUUACAUUUUAUCUUGAUAAUAAAAGUAAUCUAAUCUCUCACUCGAAAAA